AGGUCACUCACGGGCUCGCCCAUCCUAUAGGAGGUGCUGUUCGUUGUUUGUUGCCAGGACACUUUUACCACAGAAGAAGCCGAAGAAAGACGGUGGUGGCGUAGCAGAAGAUUUUUGUUUUCAGUGCGAUUUCUAAGGAUUUACUAUAAAUUUGAAGAGAUGGCCGAUUUACUGACCGUGUAUGACGAUGACCAGGCCAACACCUUCAUUGACUGCAGGAUCUGUAACAAAAGAAUAAGAGGAGAAACCCAGUACAAAGUACACGUGACCACGUUACAACAUUUGAAGAAAGAGGAUGCCCUUGUUGCGAAGGGAGUUAUUCCAAGACAACCUGCAUUGCCACAAUGGACGGAUAUCCGAGAUUAUUUGAAAUACCUGGAUCUUGAUGAGCCCAUCAUUGGUCUCGACGCACUGGUACAGAUUCCGGAUCUUGUCGAUGAUGGCAAAUCUGUGUUGAAGUACAAGUGCAAAAUGUGUUUUGUGGAGAUGGACCUUUUCAGUAUGGUGGCCCAUAUCGUUGGACGCAAACACAGACAAAAAUACCUGGAGCUGAAAAGGCCAGACUUAGUCACAUGGCAUGACACAGAAACUGCACAGACGCAGCCAGGUCUCGUCGCCAAAGCAAAAGCGGCCGUAGUUGAGAAACAGGAGGGAUGGGGAACCCCAGAGCAACUCAAAAAACCACAAGCCAAUUUCGGAAAUGUGGGGAAAGCAGGAAGUAAUUCUCGGUCCAGUGUUCGUGAACAGCCCCAUCUUGGACGAAACUCUCAAAGGCAAUCUUCAAUUGAAGAUAGACAGCCAUACUCAAAUAAAGGCAGAUCUGAAAGGCCCUAUCAUCCUAUGGAAAAGUAUGACCAGUAUGAUGGACCUAAUCCAAGACCGUACGGAGAACCUGCCGUUCGUGGUACCUUGCGAGAAGAAUAUUCUGAAAGGGUAAAAAGAGACAUGAAUGCUAGGCCCUAUGGAGACCAGGGCGGUGGAAUGAGACGACCUGAAGAAGGCUAUGAGGAUGGAAAUUUUGGCAGAAAACUGUACUCAAGUGAAGAGGGACAUGGUCUCGUAGCCAGAGACUAUGAUUUCCAAGAAAAUGUUUAUCAUGAUGAUGCGCCAAGAAACCGAUAUAAUGACAGAGAUCUUAGAAUCCACAAUUCAGGUCAGAGUUACGGAGAUGCAAAAUCUGAAGAGGGGCACAUGGAUGCUAGGAUGUAUUCAUCUUAUGAAGAAAGAAGACCUGACGUGGAUGCUAUGUCAAAGUAUGGCAGAAGUUUAAGUGAGAAGGAAGAAAGGGGAAAUUUUAGAGAAUAUGACAGCUGGACACAGAGUUCAUAUUCCGGGGAUCCGGUUCCAGCCAAAAAGAAAAGAAAGAGCAGGUUCUCUGAUGCAACGGCAGAGGAAAUAGCAAUUACAAACUCAAGACAUUCUAUAGACUAUGACCACAAAUCAGGACAGAGACCACAAAACACACAGAGAGGACCACCUAUGCAAGGGAUUCCUUCGCUGUUUGAUAUCCCAGCUCAGGAUUCCGGAAGCACAUCCAGUUUUAAUCCAAAAGGGGAAAGUGUUCUGGAUGUACUAAAUGACAUCAAAAUUGAAAAUAUGGAAGAUGCCAAAUAUCUCAAAGAAAGGCUGUGCACAGUUUUAAAAGAAUUUCAAGCAUCUAAAGGUUCAAGAAGUGAGGGUCAUACUUCAGUCAGUGAUUACAGAGGGGGCAAGCAGAUGGACCAGCAGAGAGAUGCAUAUGAUAACACCCUAAGGGAUGAUCCAGGGAUGAACAGAGGUUUCCAAGAGGACAGACGUUAUGACGACGAUCCCAGAAAUUUCCAAGAUUCCAGACGAUAUGAAGAUGACCCCAGAGCGCUUCAAGAUUCCAAACGAUAUGAAGAUGACCCCAGAGCGUUUCAAGAUUCCAAACGAUAUGAAGAUGACCCCAGAGCGUUUCAAGAUUCAAAACGAUAUGAAGAUGACCCCAGAGCGUUUCAAGAUUCCAGACAAUAUGAAGAUGACCCCAAAGCGCUUCAAGAGGCCAGACAAUAUGAGGAUGACCCCAGAGGUUCUAGAGAUAACAGACAUUAUGAAGAGCCAAGGCGUUAUGAAAAUUAUCCUGGUAAUUCUUCUUUCAGAGAAGCAAGGCAGGACGCUGAUGAUCCCAGAGGAUUUCCGAAGACAAGGCUGCAAGACAAGUCAAUAGAUUUUUCAGAGGGUAGAAGUUAUGACAAUGAUCUUAGAGUAAACUAUGAAGGAUAUUCAAAAGGUACACAAGACUUCCGACCUCAUGCCGAAGAUCCGAGAAGCGCUCAAGAGGCAAGGUAUUAUGAUGAUGAUUACAGAGGUUUUGAAAAUUUGGAUGCUGGAAGAAAAUGGGAUCCCCAAAUGAGUUCAUUGGAUGACAAAGGCCCUGUGGAUGAGAGAGGUUUUCAAGCAAGUUUUGGUAAUCCUCACAAGUCUCCACUUGGGGAAACAAGGAUGUAUGCUGCGAGAGGACGACAGAGGUCACAUCAGGAUGUCCGUUACCCUGGUGAUGAAGUUUAUGACCCAUUCCAACCAUCACCUUCUCCGCCACCAGCAUCAACAAACUCCACAAGUCUCAACAAAAUUGCCUCAACUCUUCUUGAGCUUGUUUCCCGUAGAUAAAAUGGGGUUCAUUUAAAUCUAAGAUGGUCUACUAGAUAGCCUAAAGAGCAUCAUAAAGACCAAGUUGUUAAUAACAAUGCUAUAACAAUGGUUAACCAGAAUUUAGUUUUAUUUGGGGGGGGGGUAGUUUGAUCUCAUUUAAGUAAUUUUGGAUGAAAGCAUGUGAUAAACAGAUUGUUGUUUUCAAUAGUUAACUGUUCUUGCUGUAUUUCGGUUUGUAGUUUACUUGCUGUUGGGUUUUUAUAUCAAUACUUGUGUUGUGAAAUAAUACUGGUUUGUUAAAAAAAAAAGAAUGUGUUUACAUUCAAGUAAUUCUUUAAUUUCUUUAGUGAAUAAAUGGUGACGUCUGUUCUGUACUUUGUACAAUUAUAAAUUUUUUGAAACAAUAUAAAUUAGCAAUGCUUUCCAAUUGUGUACACAUCUUUAUUUCUCUUUUAAAACCAUUGUAACAUUGUAUGUUUCUUAGUUAUAUCAAGGACUGUAUUGCUGUAGCUAUGAAGUGUUUUGAGCAAAUUCAAUAAAUACUUGCAAUGGCUUUAGGAUA